GAAUGAUCGCGUUAGGAAACUUCAUUUAUUUAUAUUGCGUGUAAUUUCGCGGUUUUUAACGUUAUGUUAAUUUACUUUCAUUGAAGAAGUUUCUUGCAUUUGCCUUCGUAAAGAAAGGGAUACGUAACGUAAAGCCUGCGCGAUAGAUUGGAAUUGAAAAAGAAACACGCUAUAAUCCAUUCAUUUCGUUUUGAUGACUGGAAACAUUGUACAUGAUUUUGUUAAAAUAUAAUUCAAUUUGAAUUGCUCUUAUUUCUAAACAUAACACUUUUGUUCUGUACUAUUUGUAUCAGUGAGUUAAAUUUUUUUAUAUUAUCUGAGUAUAAAGUAAACAAGAUGAUAAAGAAUGAUAUAUUUAGCGAGAGUGACGAAGGAGAAAUAAAAUCAGACUUCGAAGAGGAUUUUCAAGAUGAAUUACAAAAUUUUCCUCAUGUUUUAAGAUUCAUUCAAAGAAUGCGCGAUCAUAUUAAAAAACAAAACAAAAAAAUUACCAAAUUAAGAAAUAAACUGCACGAACAUAAAAGUCAAAAAUUAAUGCAAAAGAAAGCGUUAAUUGACUAUGGAACUCAAACGAAUCCUUUGGAAUAUGAAAAGGAGUCGUGCCAAGAUUGGAAUGUUAACAACGAUAAAACAACAUCUAGUAUUAUACAGCAAGUUAAAGAAGUAGCUGAGUCUGCUUUGUUGCAAACUGGUUUUGUUUACGAAGAAACUUCUGGUUUAUAUUAUGAUUACAAUAGUGGAUAUUAUUAUGACGCAAAACAAGGUUUAUAUUAUGAUGGUAAUACAGGUACAUAUUAUUAUUAUGAUGAAGCUAGUGGAACAUAUCAGUUCCAUAGUCAAGUAUCUGUGAAUGAAGCAGCUGUACAUGUGCAAAGCAAGAAGGACCAGAAGACUAGAAAGUCAAUUAAGGAUGAGGGGAAAAAACGCAAACUUGCAAAAAGAGAAGAACAAUCGGAAGAUGAACUUGAGGAGGGUGAAUGUUCAAGCAAUGACAGUGACAGCAAUUCUAGUGACGUUACUCCAGAAUUAUAUACUAGUAAUGACAGUGACCAUGAAGAAGAUCAAGAUUUAGCAAAAACUUAUCCGCCGUGCAUGAGAAUUAUAGUUAAAGAAACUAACUUACCAAAAUUAAAAAUUGGGAGCCUUUUUGUUGUUGCAUACACCGGUGGUUCAAUUGGUCGAGAAGGUGACCAUUCUGUAGUUAUACCAGAUAUAAAUAUCAGUAAGCAUCAUGCUCGCAUUUUAUUUAAUGAAGAUAAAAAAAUAUACGAGAUUACUGAUAUGGGAUCAAGAAAUGGCACGUUCUUGAAUGGUAAAAGAUUAUCUGUGGCUAAGCAAGAAUCUGAAUCAUAUGAAAUUUCACAUGGUUCGAUCGUACAAGUUGGUACUACGAAAUUGUUAUGUCACAUUCACAAUGGAAAUGAAACCUGUGGUCAUUGUGAGCCGGGACUUGUUCAACAAAACAAUAACGCGGAAGAGAACAAAAGUUCUAAAAAGGAACAACAUAAACAAGAAUUAAGACGGCUGAAGCACAAGUUUGGGGUAGAAAAAGAUAAUGUUGCAAGUGCUAGUCAAUUAGCAUCAGGGUAUCAAGAUAGAGCACAAAAUCGAAGACAGUGCAUUGGUUCUUUGAAUCAUCAUGCUAAAACACAACAAAGUUCAAUGGACACAUCAAUAACAAAGGAUAAUAGAGGAUUUAAGUUGUUAUCAAAAAUGGGCUGGUCCGAGGGACAAUCCUUAGGAAAAGAAGGAGGUGGGCCAACUGAACCGGUAUCUUUGACGAAUAAUCCGAGCAAAACCGGUCUCGGCGCAGCCAGCGAAUUUCCUACAAUCGAGCUAGAUUCUACGACGGAAAAGAAGCAGGCGUUGUGGCGAAAGACCCAGCAACGUUACAAAGAAAUAACCGAUCAUGCGAAGUAAUUGCACGGUGAACCGUUUACCUGGGGAAACGGUUGAUUUGCAUUGCACGCGCUUUUUCAUCAUCUGUCACGGUAAGCGAAGACAAUUACGUUCAACCGUAACAAUUAUCAUUCACCGUCGCGCGGAACACCGCGAAAUUUCGCAAACGUUGACGCCAAUUACUAGACUAGAUAACAUAGCAUAGUUUGUAUUAUAUUAUGACUUACAUCUUCGAGUAAAGAAAUGUUUGAGAAUUAUUAGUAAGUAUUGAUUUCUGAC